AGCCCAGCUGGGCACGCCCCUCCGCCCCGCGCACGGCUUCCGGCGGCGCCGCCAUGAAGAUCACGCGGCAAAAGCAUGCCAAGAAGAACAUGGGCUUCUACAAGCACAACUUCCAGUUCCGCGAGCCCUUCCAGGUGCUGGUGGACGGCACGUUCUGCCACGCCGCGCUCCGCAACAAGAUCCAGAUCCGCGAGCAGCUACCCGGGUAUCUGGGCGGCGCCACGCAGCUCUGCACCACCCGAUGCAUUCUGAAAGAACUGGAAUCAUUGGGGAAAGCACUGUAUGGCGCAAAAUUAAUUGCCCAAAGUUUUCAAGUUCGAAGCUGUUCUCACCACAAGGAUCCUGUGAGUGGUUCGGCCUGUUUACUUUCCAUGGUUGAGGAAGGCAACCCUCAUCACUUCUUUGUUGCUACUCAGGACCAGGAUUUAGCAAACAAAGUGAAAAAGAAGGCUGGCAUUCCUCUCCUCUUUAUUAUUCAGAACACUAUGGUGCUAGACAAACCUUCUCCUAAAUCUUUGGCAUUUGUUCAAACGUUGCAGACGAGUCAGCUUGUUCCAGAGCACCAGAAACAAAGCAUUGUACAACUUAAAGAAAAAGAAGGACUAGCAAAGCAAGAAGGUGAAAAGAGAAGAAAACGUAAAAGGGCAGGUGGCCCCAAUCCUCUCAGCUGUCUGAAAAAGAAGAAGAAAACACAGGAGAGCCAGAAACCUGCUGAAAAGAAGAAAAGAAGAAGAAAGCGUAUUAGAGUUAAAACAGAAGCUGUGCAGUCAGUGCAGAAGAAUGAGAAAGAAUAAACCCAUCUUUGUGAACAGUGCAGGACAUUGUUUGAUCUCUGCAAAGCACAAGAUUAAUUUGCAAUAAUUGAAAUUAAGUUGUUUAUAUUAAAACUUAUUUUUGUGAGGUGGUACUGCUUAUUAUUGCAUUUUCAAUAUUUGCAAGUUAUUGUCCUAAUAAUUUAUUCUGUUUAGAAAUUGGGUAUGCAACAAAAUAUUUAGGAGCUCUUGAAUUUCAUUAUUCUCUCCAGGGUCUUGAUUCCUGCUAGAGUGUUCACAUGGUCAUUUACAAUUUUUAGACAUAUUUCUUGGGCUUCGUAUGAGUUUUUGGUAGGCUAUUCACUUGUAUUGUUUGUUUGCAGAACUGCUUUUUUUUUUACAGAAGUUAACUUUUGCAAAAUGAUUUGGUGACUUCAACAAGUCACUUCCAGCCGAAAUUACUUGAUAAAUUCCAUAUGAACUGAUAUGUCAGUUUGUGAUCUUUAUUAUGGAGAUCUUGUAGGGCAUGUGAUUGCGCUGAUAGGCUGACGUGUUACAGUGUCUUCUUUAGUUCUAUUUUAUUCUCCCAUUUUAAAUCAGAAGAAUAGGAAUUAAAAAUGCUGAACCGAUGCACCAACUUGCACCUAAUGCCAUCACAGCUUAGCACAGCUGAGGAGGAGUCCUGAGAGAUAGCCCACUGACUGAUGAUGGUGUGACUCCUGUACUCAAAAUGGAAGUUGCAAUUAAAAAUUAAAAACAGUCA